AUGCACCUCCCGUGGGAGGUCGCCCUGGGUCAGGGGCGCUCCUGGUGGUGCAUCCGUCAUCUCGGAAGGAGGAAGGCCACGAGAGGGGCCGAGACCAAGGCAGACGGCGAGGGCAGCAGAGGGCGGCUCCUACAGCCGGACGCUGGUGCAGUGAAGGCGAGCCAGCCCAGCUGCGUGGUGAACGGUUCGGUGCUGCAGGGCAAGGAGCUGUCUCUGCGUGCCUGUCCACAGAGGGAACGUCGCCCAGCUACGAGUGGAAGAAGGCUGGCGGAGAGGAACCAUUACCCUCCGUGCUGGCGAGCAGUAACGCCGGGCGCCGUGACGGGCGCCGUGACGGGCGCCGUGCCGGGCGCCGUGCCGGGCGCCGUGCCGGGCGUGUCUCUCGUCGUCACCGUAAUCGGCUUCUUCGUCUGGUGCCGGCUGCGCAAGCCGGUGUGCAACCGAGACUAUCGCAACGACAGCUGCAGGAUGGACGACUGCCCCCCCGUGUCGAUGAGCCGCCCGCAACCCACGUCCGCGGCCCACGACCCGCCCAGCAUGGUCGACACGCUCCAGAAAACGGCACCACGUUCCGUGCUGUAG